AUGUCAGUGACUCUUCAUACUGAUGUUGGAGACAUAAAAAUAGAAUUGUUCUGCGAACAGUGCCCAAAGGCGUGUGAAAAUUUCUUGGCAUUAUGUGCUAGUGAUUACUACAACGGCUGUCUUUUUCACAGAAACAUCAAGGGUUUCAUUGUUCAAACAGGGGACCCAACCGGUACAGGCAAAGGAGGAACAUCAAUGUGGGGAAAAAAGUUUGAAGACGAAUUCAAAGAAGAACUGAAGCAUAAUGCAAGAGGUAUGGUGAGCAUGGCCAAUAACGGGCCAAACACAAAUGGAAGCCAAUUCUUUUUUACAUAUGGGGAACAGCCACAUCUUGAUCUUAAAUAUACUUUAUUUGGAAGAAUAAUUGAUGGAUUUGAGGCUCUUGAUGAUUUGGAGAAGAUGCCUGUGAACCCUAAAACUUUCAGGCCACUAAAUGAAGCAAGAAUAACUUCAGUAACCAUACAUGCUAAUCCAUUAGCCGGUUGAACAACAAUUAAGUUCACAUGAAGCAAUUAUAGACUAUAACAAACUGUAAUUGAAAUAAAUAUUUGUAUUCAAGAUUUCACUGGUAAUUUUUUAUUGCUCAUAGUUAAAGUCCACAGACAAUAGAUGAA